CUUCAAAUGUUCGAUACGGCGUCGAACCAAAGCUUCGAGUCGAUUGCAGCCAACUCUUCAUUCGCGCUCCGGUGGACUGACAAAUUUAAAAAAGAGUUGUGCUAAUAAAACGUUGCGGAACAUGCCGGUGUUUACAGUAAAUGUGAAAUGGGGCAAAGAGAAGUUUGAUGCCAUUGAGCUGAACACAGAGGAACCACCUAUGGUUUUCAAGGCUCAGCUCUUUGCCCUGACAGGCGUUCAGCCAGACAGACAGAAGGUCAUGGUGAAAGGGGGAACUCUGAAGGAUGAUGAGUGGGGAAAUAUUAAACUGAAAAAUGGAAUGACACUGUUGAUGAUGGGUUCAGCAGACGCACUACCUGAGGAGCCCACAGAUAGACCCAUGUUUAUGGAGGACAUGACUGAGGAGCAGCUGGCCUCAGCGAUGGAGCUGCCGUGUGGUUUGACAAACCUGGGAAACACCUGUUACAUGAAUGCCACAGUGCAGUGUCUGCGUUCUGUUCCAGAGCUUAAAACUGCCCUUAGACGGUAUUCAGGUGCUCUGCACUCUUCAGGAGCCAGCGCACCUUCGCAAUACAUCACAGCAGCCCUCCGUGAGUUAUACGAGACCAUGGACAAGACUUCGUCCAGCCUCCCACCCGUUAUUUUGCUGCAGUUUCUUCACAUGGCCUUUCCACAGUUUGCAGAGAAGGGGGAACAGGGACAGUACCUCCAGCAGGAUGCUAACGAAUGCUGGCUGCAGAUGAUGAGAGUUCUUCAGCAAAAGCUGGAGCCUUUAGAGCCGGAGACUCCGAUGGAGAGUGACACUGAGGGUGGAGCUGUUUCUGUCUCCACAAAGAAGAACUUCAUUGACCAAUAUUUCGGUGUGGAAUUUGAAACUUCUAUGAAAUGCACGGAAGCAGAGGACGAGGAGCCAAUCAAGGGCAAGGAAAGCCAGCUCCAGCUAAGCUGCUUCAUCAAUCAAGAAGUCAAAUAUCUUGCAACAGGGCUGAGGCUGAGACUGCAAGAAGAAAUCACAAAGCUGUCUCCAUCAUUGAGUAGAAAUGCGCUGUAUAUAAAAUCUUCAAAACUCAGCCGUGUGCCGGCCUACCUGACCGUCCAGAUGGUUCGUUUUUUCUACAAAGAGAAGGAGUCUGUUAAUGCCAAAGUCCUUAAGGAUGUCAAGUUCCCACUGAUGCUGGACGUGUAUGAGCUGUGCACUGCAGAGCUUCAGGAGAAGAUGUUGCCUAUCAGGUCAAAAUUUAAGGCGGUUGAGGACAAGAAACUUGAAAAACAUCAACAAAAGUUAUUGACGAAGCCAGACUCAUCCAAAGAUGCAAAAUAUGAGCCUUUCUCCUUUGCUGAUGAUCUGGGCUCCAAUAACAGCGGCUACUACGACCUGCAGGCUGUGCUGACGCAUCAGGGCCGCUCCAGCUCUUCAGGCCACUAUGUGGGUUGGGUUAAAAGGAAGGAAGAUGAGUGGGUGAAGUUUGACGAUGACAAGGUGAGUCUGGUGUCUCCUGAGGACAUCCUGCGACUGUCUGGGGGUGGAGACUGGCAUAUAGCAUAUGUUCUACUGUACGGCCCUCGGAGACUGGAAAUACUUGAAGAGGAGGAUUAAUAAUUAAUAAGUCUAUACAAAAUGCCAUUUCCAAGCACUGUCUGCAUAGAUGUGCAAUAAAACUGGUGUCUUUAAGCAGUUGACUUUUUUUGUAAUAAACAUGGACGCUUGUGGGUGCUGGGGGAAAAAAAACAAAACCCCCAUGACCCUAAAGUAUAAAUUCACACGGAGCAGGCUUAGAAAGGCAAACCUCUGGAUUCCUCAGAGGUUUUGAAGUGCAGUUCUGCAUUUUCAUUGUUUUAUACACAUUGUAUAUUUU